AUGCACGUGACAUGCUGUUUUAUAUGCCGUACUCGUACAAGUGGUCACUUUUCAGUUCAGAUAGUCGCGUGCGGAACCUUACCUCUUACUCACUACUCAUACCGGACACUCACAGAUGCCAUGGAAUGGAUACACGAGAUAUCCGAGCUGAACCCGUUCAUCAAAAACGGCGCGUUUGAUUUCUCCACUGCCGAGGCAAACUGCGAAUUCACAAAGGCGUCCCUGUUGAGGGAUUACGGUCUGAAAGUUGAACUGGACCCUGCUAGACUGUGUCCUCGAGUACCCAUUCGUGUAGCUUAUGUUGAGUGGAUUGGUGAGCUGAUUCCAGAGACGCUGGAACCAAAGACAGUGACUGGACUCGAUGUAGGCACAGGCACAUCGUGUAUCUAUCCUUUAUUGGCAGCCAAGAUUUACGGAUGGAACAUGAUAGGCAGCGAUAUCGACGACAAGGCGGCUGAAACGGCUCAAAAAAAUAUUGAAAGGAAUCCAGAAAUUGAGAAAUUGAUCACCGUCAAGCAUGUGAGUCCACAAAGGGACUUCUUUGACUUCCCGAACAUCACUUUCACAAUGUGCAACCCUCCGUUCUAUGCGUCGUUUGAGGAGAUGGAAACCAGUCUGUCCAACAAGACUAGCAGACCUGCCGGUGAAUUAAAAGCUGCCCAAACAGAACUUAUCACCACGGGUGGAGAACUCGGCUUCCUACAGCGCAUGAUAGGCGACUCGAAAAGACACAAGGACAUUCUCUGGUUCACGUCCAUGGUGGGAAAGAAAGAUACCAUGGAAAAGGUGUGUGCUCAACUCAAGGAGGAGGAGAUAUAUCACACGGUGGUUUCGAGACGCCCAGGAAAGACAAAACGAUGGUUCAUCGCCUGGACUUUCACUCCGACCGCAAAACACGAAUGUGUGUCUGGAGACUACAGCUUGGGGGCUGUGGAGAAGGUGUUGAUUAACAACGAUGUCCCAUAUAAGAAGGUCAACACAAGCAUUGUUGCACUUCCAAAAGGUGAUAUAUGGAGCAGAAGGUACAAGAGGGCGAAACUGAGAAAGGACACAGUUGAACACCAGCAACAGUAUGAGUUUCUGUUCACAGAAAAGACUCUAGUAUGGAAACAGGGCACAGACAAGACUGUCUGGGACUCUUUUGGUUCGUGGAUCGCAAGGAACCUGAAGGAGAAUAAGUAA